AUGAGGCGAUUUAUGCAUUUAAUUAAUGUAGUACCGAUGUUGCUAAAUGCCCAAAAAUCAAUUGCAACUAGUUCCAAACUGUUUCCUAAAAUAAAACAGCGACCUUUUUAUAUACCAACUCGUGCUAUGUUUAUACAAACUCAGGAUACUCCUAAUCCUAAUAGCGUUAAGUUUUUACCUGGUGUUCAGGUAUUGGAAAAAGGUCAUACAAUGGAUUUUCCUAAUGCCACAGCAGCAUACUGCAGUCCUUUAGCUAAAGUUUUGUUUCGUGUUGAAGGAGUAAAAAGUGUCUUUUUUGGUUCAGAUUAUAUUACUUUAACAAAAGUAGACGAUGAUAUAGAAUGGAUGGUUCUUAAACCUGAAAUAUAUGCUACUAUCAUGGAUUUUUUUGCUAGUGGCUUGCCUAUAUUAACUGAUGUUAAACCAACUAGUGAUACUCAGAUUCAUGAAGAUGAUAAUGAAACUGUGAUGAUGAUUAAAGAACUUCUUGAUAGCAGAAUUAGACCUACUGUACAAGAAGAUGGUGGUGAUAUUCUUUUUAUAGGAUAUGAUGCAGGAAUUGUUAAGCUAAAAUUACAAGGAUCUUGUACUAGCUGUCCAAGUUCAGUAGUUACCCUAAAGAAUGGAGUUCAAAACAUGCUUCAAUUUUAUAUACCAGAGGUGAUAGCUGUAGAACAAGUUGAAGACGAAAUUGAAAUACGAACUAAAGUCGAAUUUGAAAAAUUUGAAAAAAAGUUACAAGAAAACGAGGAAAAAGAAAAAUAAUAAUCAAGUUGUCUUAGAUAUUUAUUAAUAAACAUUUUCAUGGUUUACUAUAAAUAUAAUCUAACAAGAACUACAUCAUCAAAAUAUCUAAAGUGCAGAGUGGUUUCUAUAAUAUAUUUUUAACUAAUCGAUAA